AUACAAAAGGGUGCUUAAGAGUUUAGUUUAGUCAAUGCAAAGUGUUACCAAGGAUAUAUUGUGCUUUAGGUUACUUACACGAUUAUUGUUACAGACUAACCCCUUUACAACUUGCCUUAUCAAAAAUAAAAUUGUUAUCUUGCUACUGCACAAAUGAUAAACAAUGAGGAUAAGUUCUUCCCAUAUUAUGCUUGGCAAACGGUUACUGUAUUAGAAAAGGCUGCUGGUUGGUGGCCGUUUCAAAACCGAACCAAAAAUAUGACAUUACGUCUAAUGCAUUUUGGAAAUUUACUACUUAUCAUAAUUAUGUGUAGUGUUAGAUUGUUUCAAGAGUAUAAACAAAAAAAAUUGUAUAUUGUAGUAGAAAAUACAGUAAUAUUAGUCAUGAUCAUUUGCACUAAAAUGAAAGUGAUUAUGUUUUUUAUUAAUGAAAAACAGAGGAAGAUUUUUUACGAAAAUGUUCUCAUUCAUUGGAAAGAUACGAAUGAUGAAGAAGAAAUGAUGAUAUUAAAACAAUACGCUAAGUUGGGUUUGAAAACUAUUAUUAAUUAUGCGAUAUUUUUAGUUUCUGUCAACAUAUUAUUUCAAGGAGUUCCAGUGUUAUCUGAUGUAAUAAAUUAUCUCAAUGAUCCGAAUAUAACUUAUUUGAAGAAAGAGCUUCCUAUUUAUAUUGAAGUCUAUAUAGAUCAAGAAAAAUACUUUUAUCAAUUAUACGUAGUAUUAUUUUUUAUGACCUGUGCUGCCUUACUUUUAGCAUUUUCACAUGAGCUUACAUUUUUUCAAUCAGUUCAGCAUAUAAAUGCUAUGUUUAAAAUCAUAGAAAUACGUAUUAUUAGACUUUCGAAAAUAGUAAAAAGAACAGAAUGCGGCCUUGAUACAUUUAAAGAAGCUGAUCGAAAAAUAUUUGUUUGCAUAUCUAGAGCAGUUGAUCUUCAUAAUGCAGUUCUAAAUAAUAUUAAAUUUAUUAAUUCCUCCUUCGGUGCUACUUAUCUAGUUGUACUUUUAUUUAAUUGUUUGAUUUUCGGAGCGUCAUUAUUUUUGAUAUUUAAUAAUUCUGAUCAAAAAAUACAUUUGAUAAGAUAUGGCCUAGUAUUCUUGGGAUUAAGUGUACACUUUUUUAUAAUUUUUUGGCCAGGCCAAAAAAUUAUGGAUGGUAGUGAAUCAUUAUUUAAUGUUUGUUGCAGCUGUGAUUGGUAUAAAUUAUCAAAACGGUCAAAAAAUUUAUUACGUAUUAUGAUGCUAAAAAGCGUUAUGCAAUGUCAAAUCACCGCUAGUGGCAUGUUUGUUUUAUCUUUCGAAACAUAUGUAAAGCUUUUCAAAACUGGUUUGUCUUUCGUUGCAGUAUUUAGUUAAAGCUAAUUGAUGAGAAAUCGUUGAGUUUUGGAAGCAAAUAAAUAAAUCCUAUAAUAGAAAAAU